AUCAAAUAAGCGAAGUCAGGCGACACUAACCCGGGUAAAUAACGACACCGGGUGGUCUUUAAACCGAGUGAAAUACCCACACGGCGCGGCGCAGCUACUUUUCCGAGAGUCCGUCCCAUUUCCUGGACCAAGUUCCUGAGGGACGGCCGGAGAAAGCGGGCAUGGGAAAGUUCUCCCCGCUAUUUUCCGACGACGUCUGUGCCUUUUUUUAUUUUUAAAGAAGGCAGGCGCAGAGCGAGCGGAGCCGCACAUCGCAGUUUACCGGGGGCGCGCGCAACGCAACGCAACGGGACGCCGAAAGUACACCGAGUGCCGAGGACACGAGGACAAGGAGACGAGAGAGAAAGGAGCAGAGGAUGUCCAGAGCUGACUGGUCCUACCUGGAGCACCUGCUGGAGGAGGGCCAGGAGUACUCGACGGGCGUCGGCCGCGUCUGGCUCACCGUGCUCUUCCUGUUUCGCAUGCUGGUCCUGGGAACCGCCGCCGAAUCCGCCUGGGACGACGAGCAGGCCGACUUUGUCUGCAACACGCGGCAGCCCGGCUGCACGGCGGUGUGCUACGACAGGGCCUUCCCCAUCUCCCACUUUCGCUACUUUGUCCUCCAGGUCAUCUUCGUCUCCACGCCGACCAUCUUCUACUUUGGAUAUGUGGCCAUAAUGGCCGGGAAGGACAAGCAGAAAGCGGGAGGUGAGAAGGAGGCGGGGGCAGGUGGUGCUGGAGGCAGAGGGGGAGGGAGAGCACCAGAAAGGGACGGUGACGACGGGACCAGGGACAAGGAGAAACAGGGCGGCGGCGGGGGGGGCAGGCGAGCCGAGGGGUCUCCGCCCGCCCCCCCUAAACUGAAGGGGAGGUUGCUGUGCGCGUAUGCGUUCAGCAUCCUGUCCAAAGUGCUCCUGGAGGUGGGCUUCAUCGUGGGGUUGUGGUUCCUCUACGACGGCUUCUACAUCGCGGCGAAGUUCGAGUGCACGUGGUCCCCGUGUCCCCACACCGUGGACUGCUUCGUGUCCCGACCCACGGAGAAGACCAUCUUCACCAUCUACACCCAGGUGAUCGCCGGCAUCUCGCUGCUCCUCAACCUCGCCGAGCUCCUCCAGCUCGCCGUCUCCCACCGGCUGGCGAAGUACUACCGCAGGCAGCCCCAGGACUACCUGCCUCGGCCCCAGCAGGUACCGGCUAGACGGGCGGCCGCUGCCGAACCUCCGCCGGAACCGUCCGGGUCUCACGAUGCGGGGGGGCUCGUCCACCACCCCCCCGGGCCGGGGGAGGGGGCCCCGUGCUACGGCAGACCUCGCGAGAGCUUCGGGGAUCUGGGUGUCGAGGUCAGCUGGGGUCCCGGCGAGGUUGGGAGCGACUUGCUUCCCAGUUACGUGAACUGCAUGGGGGCCAUGAAGAAGCACUGCCCAAGAGUCCAUUAUAAGGCACACGCAAAGCACCCUGGGAAAAACACCAAGGGUGCCCAUAAGGAACACUCUAAGCAGAAGCAUUAUGUAUGAUGGUGUGUUGUUGUCACUCGACUGCUAGGAGUGCAAACAGAGUGUUCAAGAUACAAGGGCGGGGGGAAGAACAACUAUUGAACUGGAACUGGAUGCCUCGGAGGCAGGCGGAAAAAACAGAGAUUUACCAGAUAAAUGGAACCUUUUCAAAGGAAACAUUUUGAGAACACUCCCCAAGGCAAAGAAAGUGGGAGAGACACCACGAUGGGAUUACAGACAAACGAUGCCUUGGCGGCAGUGGAAAGAAACAGUGCAACAGGGAGGGGGGGGGGGGAGGGGUCCGCGCUUUAACUAGAUUCAAGCGUAUUUCUCCUCCCUUCUCUUUCUCCCAUGGCUCCGACCACACCGUGGAAUGUACUGGUCUCUGGAUCCCGCUCUGCUCCCGAGAGGAUAGUGGCCGCGCGGAUGCUGACAUGCACACGCACAAUGUCUGCCCCCCCCCCCCACGUCCCCCUUUCACCCAGUAAGACUGGGUCCCUCAAGUUCGUGGAUGUGGACCCGGGGAAGACAAGGUUAAAUAGAAGGAGAGCCAAACCAGAGGAAUUCUGGGAUUGUAAAUGACUUAUCGUCGUCGGUAACCAUGGUGAUUUAGCCAUGAGGAACACGGGGAGGGAGAGGACCACCGCAUACUAGCUCAUGAAGGCUGAAUAAUGGAGGAAGAACUCCCGGUGCAUCUAUGAUGCAUAUUGGAUGGACUGAAAGUGGUACAGAUAUGUGCAAACUGAAUUAAAUGAAAUGACUUGAUUAUGUGAAAACUGUAUUUAAUGUUUAAAGUAUUCUGAAGAAAUACCGGUUUUAAUAUUUAUUUUUUUGUGGAAAAUAAAGUUUAACGUUUAAAUUAAUGAUGAGACCGUCAAUUGAGGAGGUCAAUCAUGUCUUUCAUAUAAUUUUACCGCGACGAUGCUACAGAGACGACGUUUAAUACAAAUCGGUCUCUGGUGCACAGAAAAGGUUUGAUUUUCUUUCCCUUUCAGAAUAUCGGCCCGAGAUUUCUGUGUGAGGGGAAAAAUGUCUCUGAAGUGUGUAUCGCUUCUCUGUCCAACUCCUGUGUCCAACCUCUAUCCAAAUACUGUC